AUGGCCAUGAUGAAUGCUCGUUAUUUCCAAGGCAAUAACUUGAAUGCUACUGUCAGUGGGACCUUGGCUCGCUUGAGUGCUGUCCCUCGAGCGGGAACGAAAGGCCCAGACGAAGACAACUGUGGACGCCAUAUCAUCACUCUCGGACACAAUGGCGACUCUUUGGAUACUGGCACAGGCACUGAUAACUAUCACAAGCGUUUAUCCAUCGCUAUUGGGUCGGAUGAGCUUACUCUCGAGUUUACGGGCGAGAACGAUCAUGACGUAUAG